AGCGAUGACAAAUGACAAGCCAGUCCAGAAUGUAAUAACAGAGACAAGUACUUGUCUCUGGUAAUAAAUAAUCUACUACUGUCUUUAUCUAUAAUAAUACUAAAUGGAUAUAUAAAUAAUGGCACGGUUGCGGUUUGAACAAAAGUAACAAUCUCAAUUUGAAUCAAGUCCAAUGGAGUGAAUAAUGCGGAACUUGAAAAGCGUAUCCGUUCAGGUACUCGACAGUGAUAUAGCAGUCCUAUUGCCUAAUGGUGUUUACGAAAUUAAACAAAUGGAUCCUAAGUCCCCGAGACUGAAGCAAAUUUGCAUCUUAUGUCUUUUCUUGUGCCUUUUUGGAAUCAUUGGAUUUGGCUAUUUUUGCCCCGAAAAAGUAUGUGCCCUGUCAUCGCGAGAUUCCCUGCCACCCAUGGAAGAUAACUUAGGAAAACCAUUAACGAUUGAAAGUAACAAAAUCGGAUUGAGUUACGAAGACAUGUUGAAUGAUGAUUUUGCCUUUAACUUGGAUUCGCACGAUGUCAUGGUAUUUCUUCAUAUGCAAAAAACAGGUGGUACUUCGUUUGGUAAACAUUUGGUUCAUGAUCUGGAUUUGAAGCGGCCUUGUAAAUGUCCAUUAACAAGGAAGCGUUGCUACUGCUUCCGGCCGCAUUCCAAUCAGAGCUGGUUGUUCAGCCGGUAUACCACAGGCUGGAAAUGUGGCUUACAUGCCGAUUGGACAGAACUGACUGGGUGCGUGGACGAAAAACUGGACGAACUUGAAGACGUAGUCAAACGACGUUAUUUCUAUAUAACGUUACUGAGAGAGCCGGUUGCCAGAUAUUUGUCGGAAUUUCGACAUGUCCGAAGGGGAGCCACUUGGAAGGGCUCUCGUCAUUUCUGCAAAGGCCGGUCAGCCAGUGCUGCAGAAAUUCCCCCUUGCUACAAGAGCGAGAAUUGGGAAGGGGUUGAACUUGAUGAAUUUAUAAAUUGUGAUAGUAAUUUGGCAGCAAAUAGACAAACUAGAAUGUUAGCUGACUUAGCUUUAGUUGGCUGCUAUGACAAGCAAUACAUGCCGAAAGCAGAGCGAGACCGCAUAAUGUUGGCCAGUGCAAAGAAAAACAUUCAGUCCAUGGCUUUUUUCGGUUUAACAGAAUUUCAAAAAAUUUCACAAUAUGUUUUUGAGGAAACCUUCAACCUUCGUUUUGCCAUUCCGUUUGAGCAAAACAACUCCACAGUGUCCAGUUCCACCAUCAUGACGCUAUCGCCAGAACAGUCUACAAAAAUUGUUGAACUGAAUAGUUUGGACAUCGAAUUGUACAGUUAUGCCAAGAAAUUGCUGAUGGAGAGAUUUACGAAACUGAAAUCGAAAGAUGUAGAUUUUGAAGAUCGAUUUAAUCAUUUGGGUGUUUUGAUCGGAAAAUCGAAUCCCUCAGCGUUCGAUUGGGAUAAACUGGACGAUUAUUUGGACGUGGAUCGGAAAUAACAUACGAUACUACUAGACUAGACUUCCAUUAGUCGGCGAAGUUUCGUUUGAUUCUUUCGAAAUGCAUGCUUGUAUUUUUUCCAAUAGUUAUAAUUCCAGUUAUAUGGUAUUAUCCGGUAGAAGCAUAUGGCAGUCUUUUGUCCGUUGACGUUGCAAGCUACUUCCAGCGCUACUCUUAAUCUUCCAAGUGCCAUACGUCAGUUUUUAAGUACCUAGUUAAAUAUGAUUUAAUGUUUAGUUGAGUAAAGAUUAAUAGCUUUAUUAGGUGUGUUCAGAAAAAUCGCCAAAUUGUUGCCCCAAAGACAAGUUUGGACUUAUUUUGAACUCCUAAUGCAAGUUGUUUCCAUUAAGUCAAUUUUUUGUUAAAGUUUAGAGCAGAAGUUCCCAAACUGUGUUCCGCGAAAAUAUUUGCUUGACAUUUCAUACGCCCUCAUGUGGGCUCCAUGGAAAAUGUGGUGACCUUAAAAUUUCGGGAUUUGGAUAGUGUUCUGUUUUCGGAAAAGUUUGGUUUCGAUAGAUCUCUACACAAAUAUAUGUGCAAGAUUUUUAAGCUGCUAAAUUCGACCAUUUUUUACUUUGCCUGUUAGAAUGGACUGACCAUACAAUAUAAGUUUUUUCAAACUUUGAACUCACCAAUUUGUUUUAAACAGAUCAUUUAUCAGUACUUUUUUAAUCGGAGACAAAUUCCACGCUUUCAACAUUAAACAUUUGUUAUAGAAUAGCAAACGUUAUUUGAUCGUCCUUUAUAUUUUUGAGCCGUGCAUAUAUUAUACCUACUUAUAUAAUUGUUGAGAUGAUAAAAAAGUUAUAUAAUUAUAUGAGACAAUAACAUCUUGCUGGUUUUCCAGUACAACUGAAUACCUGCAACAGCUGCAGUUAAGUAUUUAAAAACGUGCAUUUAAUUUUUGACGAUAUAUAUUUUAAACAUGGUACAUAUACAAUAUGAUAUUUCAAUUGUUAGCUUCGAAAUUAGUGUAUGCACCCAAAGUAAGUCAUUUUUUUAUUAUUUAAUACUUCGUUCUCACUUGUCUUUUUGUUUUCGAUUUAAUCUUUUUUUACACAUCGGUAGAGAAAACCGACGGAAAAAUUCACUCAACGCAAUGCAUAAAAUUAAACGGUUUUAAAAAGAAAGUUUGUCGAUGUACUUUCCAAGUAUGCAGUCAAUAAUUAUUUUGUAUACAAAGAGAAAUCAAUUCCAUUCAUAAUUGAUGGAUUCUGAGCACAAAUAGUCAUUUCAAUUAUGAAAUAGUAUUGAAUUGGUACAUCCAAAAGUUGUGUAAAUUUAUUACUAUAACGUUUUGAUUAGCAACUUGCCCUACUUUACUGUAUGAAUACGGAUUUUGGUGCUGGUGUUAAAUGCAACCAAUGAAGAUUUUGCUUGGUGAGACUGAGAUAAAUAAUGCUCUGAAUAUUAAUGUUACUACUUAUUUAAAUUGUGGGUUGUAUGACAUUAACUUUACACGUCGCAAAUUUCGAUUGCUUCAAGCCUAUACCAAAGACUUUUACAUUAUAAAUUAGAUUAUUAUUUUAAUUUAGAUUAUACUACAAUGUUUAGUAAAAUUUCAUAAUUCUGCCAUUAAUUUGCUGUAACAAUGAUUUUUGUAAAUAAGUAAUUAAAACUCGAUAUCACGUAGUGGAGAUUAAAUACAUAAAUCACAACUAUUUUUAAUAUUUAUGUGCUUGACAAUCCUACUUUCUUAAUUUAUUCUUCCAUUAGAUGCCUAAGCACGCAUUUAUUUCUACCGCAGGUGUACUUUCCCCGUUUCAUUAUCACCUAAUUCAUCGAAAAGAAAAUAUAAUUUUUAGUAAAUAA